ACGACGAUCGAUGGGGUCCGAGGUUUCCGCCGAUGAACAACGCCUACAACAAAGACCUCAUAAAACUGGCCAAACAUUGCGCCAGUGGUCUGGGACUCAACUCUUUCAUGAGAGAGGGGGUGUAUGUGAUGACUGGUGGACCCAAUUACGAGACAAUCGCCGAAAUCAGAUUUCUUGUUAAUUAUGGCGACGCCAUUGGUAUGAGUACCGCUCACGAGGUGACAGUCGCUCAUCACUGCGGUCUCAAAGUGUUUGGUAUGUCUCUCAUCACAAAUAAAUGUAUUUCCGAUUACGAGAGCAAAGAGGCGGCCAAUCACGAGGAA